AUGUCUGGCACCACCAUUGAUGAUAUUGUCAAGCGACUCAGCACUCCCGAGACAGAUGCAAGAGUCAAGGUAGAAGCGGCGACUACCUUACGCGACAGUAUCGACCACUACAUUAACGGUCCCAUCUACGCACCAUUCCUGAAGAAGCUCGUCCCUAUCUUCAUCAAUACCCUCAGAGGACCAUGCAUCUUCCAGAGCAGCUCCCCGGAGCAGAAACUCCGGAACUGCAUCCUCGAGAUCCUCCACCGACUGCCGACGACGCCGACACCCCCCGAGGCCUUCGAACCUUACGCCGAAGAAGUCGUUGACCUGUUGAUGCAAUUGGUCCGGACGGACAAUGAGGAAAAUGCGACAUUGUGUGUUAAGAUCAUAUCUGAUGUCAUGCGCCAUCAGCACAAGGUCUUGCAGGGCAAGGUCCAGGCGUUCCUCAACCUGAUCCAGGAGCUCUUUGAGCAGAUGGAGAAGGUCGUCCGCGAGCAGUUGGACAACACCUCUCUCGCCACGGCAUCAAGCUCUGGAGCCCCGUCAACUCCAGGAAGCUCUCAAACGAAUUUCCAAUCUCCUCGACCGGGCUCGCCCGUAGCGUCUGUCACAGAUCUUGGUCCGGAUCCCCAACAACAGAACCGGAUGCUGCUGAAGGGCAUGCAAUCUUUCAAGGUCCUGUCAGAAUGCCCAAUCAUAGUGGUUUCUGUCUUCCAAGUAUAUCGCACGACCGUCGCUACGAACGUCAAGGCCUUCGUUCCGCUCAUCAAGGGGUUCUUGUGCCUUCAGGCAAGCGCUCAGAAGCAGGCUCAUGCCGACGCCAAGGCCAGGGGUCAGAUCUUCACAGGAGUCAGUCCUCUCAUUAAGAACAGAGCCGCCUUUGGAGAGUUCAUCACCGCCCAAGUUAAGACUAUGAGUUUUUUGGCCUACCUCUUGCGCCAGUACUCGCAGCAGCUUACCGACUUCCUCCCGACCCUCCCCGAGAUUGUGGUACGGCUUCUCCAGGAUUGCCCUCGUGAGAAAUCAGGUGCGCGCAAGGAGUUGCUUGUUGCUAUCAGGCAUAUCAUCAACUUCAACUUUAGGAAAAUCUUCCUCCCUAAGAUUGAUGAACUCCUCGACGAGAAGACUCUCAUUGGCGAUGGCCUGACAGUGUACGAGACGAUGCGGCCACUGGCCUACAGCAUGCUUGCGGACCUGAUCCAUCAUGUCCGCGACAGCCUCACACCGGAACAAAUUCGUAAAACGGUCGAGGUAUACACCAAAAACCUGCAAGACAACUUCCCGGGAACAAGCUUUCAGACUAUGAGCGCUAAGCUUCUACUCAACAUGGCGGAGUGCAUCGCUAAGAUGCCCAACAAGGUCGACGCACGGCAUUACCUCAUCAUGAUCCUGAACGCCAUCGGUGAUAAGUUCGUGGCUAUGAAUCGACAAUACCCCAAUGCAGUGAAGCUCUCGAAACUCUACGCCCAGCAAGCCGCCGACGGAACCCAGGACAGCUACCUUGCAGAAAAGGACCACCCUCCGGAUUGGGAUGAGACAGAUAUCUUCACUGCCAUGCCUAUCAAGACUUCAAACCCCAGGGAUCGAGGGGCAGAUCCUGUUGUUGACAACAAGUUCCUCUUCAAGAACCUGAUGAAUGGUUUGAAGAACACCUUCUACCAGUUGAGGACCUGCAACGUCAACACCAACGUUGACCUGACAAACGCUCCAGCACACUGGCAAGACGUCGCCUACGGUUUCACUGCCGAAGAAGUCAAUGUCAUUGUGAAGCUGUUCAGGGAGGGAGCAUAUGUCUUCCGCUACUACGAAAUUGAGAAGCCUGCCACCGAGUCUCAGUACAUGUCACCGGUCGAGUACAUGGCCAACUUUUACAUGGUUUCUAGUAGCAAGGAAGAAAAGGAACUUCUUGAGACCUUUGCAACCGUCUUCCACUGCAUAGACCCCGCCACGUUCCACGAGGUCUUCCAGCAAGAGAUUCCUCAUCUGUACGACAUGAUCUUUGAACACACCGGUCUGCUCCACAUCCCCCAGUUCUUCCUCGCCAGCGAAGCUACUUCACCUAGCUUUUGCGGUAUGCUGCUGCGCUUCCUGAUGGAACGGAUCGACCAAGUCGGUUCAGCGGACGUGAAGAAGUCGUCGAUUCUUUUGAGGCUGUUCAAGCUGGCUUUCAUGGCCGUCACGUUGUUUGCCAACCAGAACGAGCAAGUCCUUCUUCCUCACGUUGUGGAUAUUGUCACCAAGUCCAUCGAGCUUUCGACCAAAGCGGAGGAGCCAAUGAACUACUUCCUCCUGUUGAGGUCACUGUUCAGAAGCAUAGGUGGUGGGAAGUUCGAGCACCUCUACAAGCAGAUCCUGCCGCUUCUCGAGAUGCUCCUGGACGUCCUCAACAAUCUGCUCAUGGCAGCAAGAAAGCCUGCCGAACGGGAUCUCUACGUUGAACUGUGUUUGACCGUGCCUGCGAGGCUGAGUAACCUGUUGCCACAUCUCAGCUUCUUGAUGCGACCACUUGUCGUUGCGCUGCGAGCUGGAACCGAUCUCGUUGGUCAAGGGCUGCGGACACUAGAGCUCUGUGUCGAUAACCUCACUGCAGACUAUCUCGACCCGAUCAUGGCGCCAGUCAUUGAUGAAUUGAUGACAGCCCUGUUUGACCAUCUUAAGCCGCAUCCCUACAGCCAUUUCCACGCUCACACGACUAUGCGCAUCUUGGGCAAACUAGGAGGCCGCAAUCGCAAGUUCAUGACCGAUGCACAACCCCUCUCGUACAAGAAUUUCGCCGACGACCCUACCAGCUUUGACAUCCGCCUCGUUGGUUCCAAGAAGGACAGAGCGUUCCCUGCUGAAACUGGUGUGGAUUUUGCGAUUAGGAAGUUGAUGGAACAGCCAAAAGGCAAGGGCAGCCAGUCUCGCCAAUAUGACGCCUACUACAAGAAGCAGUCAUUUCAUUUCAUCAAGUCCCAGCUCAAGAUGCGAAUCGGCUUCGAGAAUCUGCCCGACGAUCUGCCAAGACUGGUGCGUCUCCAGGCACAGGACUUGCUUCACAAGAAGAUUGACUUCGACUUCGCCGCCUUCGAGACAUCUGACCGGGACAGAUCGAUCCCCAAGAAGGACGAGCAGGAUGAUUUGCUCCGGCGUUUGCUCAAGGCCAUCAUGUUUGCCGAGUCCUUGCCAGAGUUCAAGGAAGAGGCCAACGCUUUCCUCAUGAACAUCUGCAGACACUUCACCAUCAUUGAGGUUGGACGCACUCUUAUUGAGAUGAAGCGAAUCCUGAGUCCAUUCAAUCCGAAGGCCGGAGAGGGCCCGCUCUUCAUUGACACUCGGGUGUUCUCUGACGCCAUUGUGGAAUCUUUGGCUUCAGACCAUCCCGAUGUGCGGGAGGCUGCGCAGCGCGCGAUUCGUGAGGUUUACGACUCCGCCGCCACAAUCUUCGGAUCCGAUCAAAACGUGGCACGGCUAGCAUUCUUCAGCCACCUGAGUUCUACCUUCUGCCAUGGCUGCUACGAAGAGGAGUGGUUCACCAAGACGGGCGGUUCUCUCGGCAUCAACUUCCUUUUGACUGAGCUGGACCUUGGCGACCAAUGGAUCUUGAGCAAACAAACUGAGUUCAUCAGAGCGCUCAUGUACGUCAUCAAGGAUAUGCCCCAGGAUCUUCCGGAGAAGACGAGGAGAUCUGCGCAAGCCACAUUGGAGACGCUGCUUCACAGGAUCACGAAGAACAUCAAGAAGGAAGAUGCCCUGCCCCCGCAACCCUCGGCUCAAGGUCAAGCGCCCCAAAGAUCUCGUCUCGCCCAGAUCUGCAUGCAAUUCAAUACCGAGUUGUCGCACAUGAAUCGCCACGUUCGUGAGACCGCCAAGCGAUCCCUGGAGCUGAUCGCCAAGGCAGCCGGCUGUGCCGUAUGGGAGGUGAUUGAGCCUUACAAGGAGCGUUUCCUCCAACCCAUCUACUCCAAGCCUCUCCGCGCCUUGCCGUUCCCCAUCCAGAUCGGCUACAUCGACGCCAUGACAUACCACAUGACCUUGAGAAAGGAAUGGGUAACGUUUGACGACAACUUGAACAGACUACUCAUGGAGUCACUGGCUCUGGCUGACGCCAGCGACGAGUCUUUGGCCAACAAGCCUGGGGAGUUCAGAACACAUGAGUACAUUGUGAACCUUCGGGUCGCUUGCAUCAAUAUUCUCAGCACGGCGACCAGUUUCGAGGAAUUUGCUCCGCUUAAACAAGGCAGCCACCCGACUCGUUCAAAGGUUGUGUCGGUCUUUUUCAAGUGUCUCUAUUCGGACUCCAAGGCUACGAUCGAUGCAGCAAACAGCGCCCUCAAGAACACACUGGAAGCGCAUCAAAAGUUGCCCAAGGACCUGCUUCAGGGAGGUCUUCGACCGGUGCUGGCCAGUCUGCAAGAUGCCAAGAAGCUGACUACACACGGGCUCGACAACCUCGGUCGUCUCUUGAAGCUCCUUACUACGUACUUCAAGGUGGAGAUUGGCGCCCGUCUACUCGACCACGUUAAGGUCCUCGCCGCCCCAGAGGUGCUUCAACCACUCGCUUUCACGUUCUUUGAGCAGAACCAGCAGAUGAAGAUCGUCGCAGCAGUCUUCAAUAUCUUCCACCUCCUGCCCCCACAAGCAGAAGGGUUCAAGCAGAGACUGAUCGAUCUGUCUCUAGAGCUUGAGGAGAAGCUUCGUCGCACCCACGAGAGCCCAUUCCGCGCGCCUCUUUACAAGUUCAUCAACCGCUAUCCUAAUGAGGUCUGGACUUAUCUUCUACCCAAACUUGAGGAUCUUAAGUAUGGACGAUUCCUCUCUCAGGUCAUCCGACAUCCAGAGAGUGCUCCUCUGCGAGAGACAGUGGCUGGCAACGUACAGGCCCUGAUCGACUUCUGCAACAGCACCAUCCAACAGAACAAGGACACAAAGUUUGUUGCCGUUGUAAACGCCAUCCAAGUCCUCUACUCAUUGACUCUGUCAACUGGGUCAGACGCUUGGUUGGAGAAGAAGGAGCACCUCAACUGGCUGAAGGGUGUUGGCAAGGAACUAGAGAAGCAAAUGCGAGCACACACUCUGUCGCCCAACCUCAGACUUCCUGCAUGCCAAGCAUCAGAGCAAUUGAUGUCCAUCUUCAUCAAGUCGCUGGAGCGCAACCCGCGAGAUCUCGAGCCUCUCUUCAGCCUGGUGGACUCUGUGACCACAGACGACUUCCGCACCUCGCAGCCUCUGAUAACCUACAUUUACAAAAACAUCAUCAGCAGCGACUCGGUGGAGUUCUGGAAGGCCACGGUGCUCAAGUGUCUGGAAUCCUAUCCCGCCAAGAAUGUUUCCCAGAAGAUGAAAUGCUUCCUCCUGCACAACAUUGUGAAUCCAAUCGUUGCCAUGGAUGUCCAGCGACACUGGAAUCAACCUCCCCAAACCAAGGGCCGGUUCAUGGACAAGGCCAUCAUCGAUGCGAUCACCGCUAAGAUCUGGAAAACGCAUCAGGACACAAGCCAGCAUGACUACGACGAUGUCGCACAGCCUGGCAUCGACCACACCAAGUUUGAGGUUCUCCAGCUGUCGGCUAUGCUGGUGAAGUACCACUCCCACAUCUUCCAGGAGGCGAGAAAGGAUAUUAUUAAGAGUUGCUGGACUUUCAUCCGCCUUGACGAUGUUAUCAACAAACAUGCUGCUUAUGUCGUCAUAGGGUACUUCAUUGCCUUGUAUGAGACACCAGUCAAGAUCGUCACUCAGGUGUACCUAUCCCUGUUGCGAACCAACCAAAACGAGGGUAGAGCCCUUGUCACGCAAGCUCUCGAGUUGAUUGCACCGGUCUUACCGAAACGCCUUGGAACUCAGCCCAAUGACCGCAACGCCGGCUGGGCGUUGGCGCCACGAAAGAUUCUCGCGGACGAAGGCCAGAACGUACAGCAAAUGACGAGCAUCUUCCACUUCCUUGUCAAGCACCCCGACCUUUUUUACGAGUCUAGGGAUAAGUACGCUAUGCUCAUCAUCCAGUCUCUGAGAAAGGUUGCUGCCCCUCCCAACCCAUCCAACGAGUCGAAGAAGCUCGCUCUCAACAUGAUGUGGUUGAUCUGGCUCUGGGAACAAAGACGCGUUGAGGGCAAAGGCGACGCCGUGACACGCUCAAUUUCCGAAUCACCACAGUCCAAGAAGCGGAAGCUGGACAGCGACCAGCCCAUGUCCUCGCCUCCAGCCGCUAGGCAGGCUCCUGAGAGGGCGGAAUACGUCAUUCCAGUGAUUGGUCGGCAGAGAAUGGUCAAGUACCUCGUUGAGUUCAUCGCCCAACUCAAUGAGCGUUACCAGCUUCCCUCCACGCGGACGCGAGACUCCGUUGCCACGAACGGCCCGGCUAUGCCGCCUGCUUCCACCGAACUGUGCAAGAAGGCCAUGUCUCUAUUCUACAACCUCCUUCAACCUCAGUACUGGGGAGAUUUGGAUGUUGAUCUCUUCCCUAAUGUCACCGAUGUCGUUUUGGCCAGCGAGAAGACGCAGAACAUUCUUUCAGCAGACCCUGCCGACAAGGAGAAGUUUGACGAGAAGUUUAUCACGAAUAUCAUUAACACUCUCCAAGUUGUUCGCAUCAUUCUCAACUUCAAGUCGGACGACUGGAUCGCGCGAAACAUGACCCACGUUCAGAAGGUUUUGGACAAGGCUCUCAAGAGCGAAAAUCCUGAGCUUCAGGAUUGCUUGCAUCUCGCAGACAAGAAAUACGACGACGACCGCGAUAUCAAGUCGACGAUCAAGCGAGUCCUCGAUGCGGUACCAGAGGAUGUUCCAAUGGAAGACGCUGAUGCCGAGGGCGAAUCCGAAUCUCAGAAUUCUGAGAUUAUACAGUCUCUUUCGACCAUCGCCGGCGAGGCAAUGGCUGCUGGCCACUAUGGAUCCGGAGUCAAUAUUCUGUGGUCUCUGGGCAACCGAAAGCCUACAGUCAUCGACCAACACAUCCCUGUUCUAAUGAAGGCUCUGCAGAGCAAGCUUGCGCGUGAGCAUGUUCAGCACUACACUGCCGUUGCCAAUCACCAGCCUGGCCAGCCCCCUCGAGCGCAAGAUCCCAACGCGCCCACUGGAGAGAUGUCAAGCUACGACCUUGAAGUUUCCACAAGCCUCAUGCUCAAGGCUAUUCAAGUCGUUGCUCUGCGGAUGGAAGUCCUGGGUGACAACAGACGCCCCUUCCUAAGUGUUUUGGCCACACUUGUCGAGAAGUCUAUGCACAUUCCCCUUUGCGAAGAAAUUCUUAACAUGGUAGAAGGCUGGGUUUUCCGCUCUGAAGGCACUUGGCCUACUCUCAAGGAAAAGACUGCGGUGCUGCAUAAAAUGCUCUCUUUCGAACAUCGACAAGACCCUACAAUGCUCACGAAAUUCUUAGAGCUGGUCAUUCGCAUUUACGAGGACCCGAAGAUUACGAGGACAGAGUUGACGGUGCGCAUGGAACAUGCCUUCCUUAUCGGCACCCGUGCUCAAGACGUUGAGAUGCGGAACCGGUUCAUGACGAUCUUCGACAAGAGUCUCUCCAAAACGGCCAGUGCCCGACUCGCCUAUGUGCUCACAUCUCAAAAUUGGGACACUUUGGGCGAAAGCUACUGGUUGGCUCAAGCAUCGCAUCUUCUCCUCGGUGCAGUGGAAUUGAACAACAGCAUCCAGCUUCAUCACGAAGACUUCAAGACGCUUUCCAUCACCCAGCUCUUCUCGAUUCAUGCCAAGGACACUAGAGAGCCUGCCAAUAUGUCGGAUGACAAGUUUGACGCACUGAUGGCCUCCCACCGACGCUUUAUGAUCGAGCUUGGGGAUGUCAAGGUUCGCGAUCUCAUUGAGCCCUUGACCCAGCUCCAACACGUCGACAACACGCUGGCCCAUCAGCUGUGGAUUUCUCUGUUCCCUAUCUACUGGUCUGCGACGAUGAAGGAAGAGCGCACAGAUCUCGAGCGUGGCAUGGUUGCCCUCCUCACCAAAGACUACCACAGCCGCCAGAUCGACAAGCGACCCAAUGUCGUUCAGUCUCUCCUUGAAGGUGCUGCGAAGGCAUGGCCCGACUGCAAGAUCCCACCGCACGUUCUGAAGUAUGAGGCGAAGACGUAUGAUGCCUGGUACACUGCCCUUGUUCAACUCGAGAACGCUGCGAUCAAGCCAGAAGUUGAGUCGGCGGUUGUCAGAGAAAGUAACCUGGAUGCCCUCGUGGAGUUGUAUGCUUCAUUGCAGGAAGACGAUCUGUUCUAUGGCACGUGGCGCAGACGUUGCCAGUUCGUCGAGACAAAUGCGGCCUUGUCUUAUGAACAAAAUGGAAUGUGGGAUAAGGCUCAGAAGAUGUAUGAAGCCGCUCAAAUCAAGGCGCGCACCGGUGUUAUCCCAUUUUCCCAGGGAGAGUACGUUCUCUGGGAAGACCACUGGGUGCUGUGUGCUCAGAAGCUGCAACAAUGGGAGAUCCUCCAGGACUUUGCCAAGCACGAAAACUUCCAGGACUUGCUUUUGGAAUGCGCCUGGAGGAACAACACGGAGAUGUGGCAGACCCAAGAACAUAGAGAGGCCUUGGACAACCUGAUCAAGGGUGUCAUGGACGCACCUACUCCUCGUCGGGCUUUCUUCCAGGCCUUCAUGUCGCUUUUGAAGUACUACAACAAGCAGGAGACACCCCAGGAAUUUGCCAAGUCUUGCGAUGAGGCCAUUCAGCUCUCUAUUCGGAAGUGGCACCAGCUUCCGAAGCAACUCACGAAGGCUCACAUCCCGCUUCUCCAGAACUUCCAGCAGCUGGUCGAGUUGCACGAUGCCAGCGUUAUCUGUAACAGCCUUGCUAGCACCAACCAGUCCAAUCUCGACGUCAAAUCAGGAGAACUCAAGCUCCUGCUCGGUGCUUGGCGUGAUCGUUUGCCUAACGUUUGGGACGACAUUACUGCUUGGCAAGAUCUCGUCACCUGGCGUCAACACAUAUUUGGCCUCAUCAACCAGACCUAUCUGCAGUUGCUGCCUCAAGGGGGUGGUCAGAAUGCUAGUGGUGCGUCUUUCGCGUACCGUGGUUACCAUGAGACGGCUUGGAUCAUCAAUCGGUUCGCGCAUGUUGCUCGCAAGCAUAGUCUGCCUGAAGAAGCUUUCCUAAAGCUGAGAGAGCAAGCCAAGUGUCACUACGAGAACCCUGAAGAACUCACGAGCGGGUUGGAUGUGAUCAACAACACAAACCUCAACUACUUCAACCCGCCGCAAAAGGCCGAGUUUUAUACGCUGAAGGGCAUGUUCCUGGAGAAGCUCAAGCAAAAGGAGGAAGCUGAUUCCGCCUAUGGGACGGCGUUGUACUUCGACAUUACCGCUGCCAAGGCUUGGGCCGAAUGGGGUUACUUCAACGAACGCAAGUACAAGGAGGAUCCAUCAGACAUCAAUUCUGCACGACAAGCUCUCACGUCGUACCUGCAAGCUGCCGGAAGCUACAAGAACGCAAAGUCGCGGAAGCUCAUUGCCCGCAUCCUGUGGCUUCUCAGUCUUGACGACGCCAAUGGAUCGAUCGCCGCCGGCUUUGACGACUUCAAGGGCGAAACCCCUGUCUGGUAUUGGAUCACCUUCAUUCCUCAGCUCCUUACCGGUCUCGGCCACAAGGAAGCUCCAAGGGUGCACCAGAUCCUCGUCAAGAUUGCCAGGUCCUAUCCCCAGGCGCUUUACUUCCAGCUUCGCACCAACAGGGAAGACAUGCUGGUUAUCAAGAAGAACCAAGAGGCUAAGGAGAAGGCCCGCCAGCGCGCUCAGUCAGCACAAACCAACGGCAAACCCAGCGCAUCACCACAACAACUCAAACAAGACGGUGUUGCCAAGCCUGACGCCUCCGGCUCAAGACCUGGCACUGCCAGCGGUGGUGAUGCGAAUGCCGCCGUCAAGACUGAGGGCAAUGACGCCAACGGCACUGCGGCCACAGGCGACCAGGCAUCGGCGGCUGGUCAGAAGAAGCCACCUUGGGAACUUACGGAGGAGAUCAUGAGUGCUUUGAAGACAGCCUUCCCCCUCCUUGCACUGUCAAUGGAGACGAUGGUCGAUCAGAUUCAGAAGCACUUCAAGUGCCCUCCCGACGAAGACGCCUACCGACUCAUCGUCGCCCUUCUCAACGAUGCUCUGGCAUACGUCAGUCGCAUGCCUUCUUCCUUUGCCAAGGACGUCAAGCUUCCUUCCGCGACCGAGACCAACAUCACCCGCUUCGCUGAAACGAUUCUGCCUGCUCACAUCAAGAAAUCAUUUGAAGCAGAUUUUGUGGAUUUCAAGCCGACAAUGUACGAGUAUAUUCACAAACUUCGCCGGUGGCGUAACAAGUUUGAAGAGAAGCUCGACCGCAGAACUACCCGCGUCUCCUUGGAGCAAUUUUCGCCACAUCUGUCAGAGUUCCGUUACCAGAGGUUUGACGAUGUUGAGAUACCUGGACAGUACUUGCAACACAAGGACAAGAACCAGGACUUCAUUCGCAUCGAGCGCUUCUUGCCCAAUGUUGAAUUGGUGAGAUCAAUCAGCGCAUCGUACCGCCGCAUCCAGAUGCGCGGACACGAUGGAAGUGUCCACUCUUGGGCUGUCCAGCAUCCCGCCGCAAGGCAUUGCCGCCGCGAGGAGCGCAUCUUGCAGCUGUUCCGACAAUUGAACCAGACCCUAGGCAGGAGAAAGGAGUCCCGUCGCCGCGAUCUCCAGUUCACUCUUCCCUUGAUGGUGCCUCUGGCGCCUCAUAUCCGCAUCGUCCAGGAGGACACUUCAUACAUCACUCUUCAGAGCGUCUACGAAGAUCACUGCCGGCGUCACGGCAUGUCCAAGGACGACCCCGUGCUCUUCACCAUGGAGAAGCUUCGCGGCGUUCUUGACACGAAGAACUCGAAGCAUGCUGAGCAAAGCGCGACUGCACGUCUUGAAGUGUUCCACGCCAUCCAGGAGAAGUGGGUUCCUCACAACCUAGCCCUGGAAUACUUCCAGAGAGCCUUCCCCGAUUUCACCGAAUUCUGGCUGUUCAGGAGACAAUUCUCAUACCAGCUUGCCGCCCUCACCUUUAUGACAUACAUCCUCUACAUGCAUAACCGAUACCCGCAAAAGAUCAACAUCGCCCGUGGAUCCGGUAAUAUCUGGGGCUCAGAGCUGAUGGCCUACAUGAGCGCCGCCAAGCCUUUCUUCCACAACCCGGAGCCAGUGCCAUUCCGUCUGACGCCCAACCUCCAGACGCUCAUGGGACCUUUGGCGACAGAGGGCAUCUUCAGCUGCGCUCUGAUGGCUAUCGCGCGCUGCCUCACGGAGCCCGAGUACGAGUUGGAGCACGCCCUCACGUUGUUUGUGCGCGAUGAGAUGAUUUUCUGGUUCACGAGCUCCCACCGAACUGUCCAGAUGACGGAGAACCAGCUCCGCGAGUCUGUUCAGGUCAACAGCGACUCAGUGGUGAAGCGUGCCGUUAGCCUGGCGCAGAGCCCGGUUGGCAACCUACCAGCCAACCAAACGGUGAUUGAUCUAGUAGCUAAGGCCGUCAAUCCCAUGAACUUGGCCCAGUGCGAUGCGCUCUGGAUGCCGUACUUAUAA